AUGGAGAAGAAAGAAAGCUUACUAGAAGGGCUGUGGGGGGAAGUGAGGGAGCUAAGCCUAGGAAACAGAAUACAACGGCUUGACUCAGCUCCAAGCCCACUCCAAUUCCUAAGAGACUAUGUAUCCCCAAACAAGCCUUGCAUCAUCUCUAACGCCAUCUCCCACUGGCCUGCUCUUACCCUCUGGCCUAACCUUUCUUACCUUUCUUCCACCCUUUCCAAUUCCAUCGUCUCCUUACACCUCACCCCAGAUGGCCAUGCUGACUCCCUUGUUCCCCUAGAAAACCCUAGAAAAGAAGAAACAUGCUUUGUCUCUGCUCACAUGGAGCGUGUUCCUUUCCCUUGUGCACUUGAUCUUGUUCUGAAUCCAGAAAGAAAAAAUCUGGUGGCGUACCUGCAGCAGCAGAACAACUGCUUUCAGGAGGAAUAUUCAGCAUUGGCUUCGGACUGUGAUGCACACAUUCCGUGGGCUACUGAGGCACUGGGAGGCUGCCUUCCGGAGGCAGUGAAUCUGUGGAUUGGAAACCAUUUAUCUGAGACUUCCUUCCACAAGGACCAUUACGAGAAUCUGUACGCUGUUGUUUCGGGGGAGAAGCAAUUUUUGCUACUUCCUCCUACUGAUGUGCACCGCAUGUACAUUCGAGAUUACCCAGCUGCUCAAUAUUCUUAUUCUGGUGGCAGUGGAGAGUUUAGAUUGGAGUUGGAGAAGCCGAUGAGAUACGUGCCUUGGUGCAGCGUGAAUCCUUAUCUGCCUCCAGAGACCAAGGAGAUCGAAAUGUCUAAAUUUCCUUUGUAUUUCAAUGGUCCGAAGCCCUUUCAUUGUACUGUCAAGGCUGGAGAGAUUCUCUACUUGCCAAGCAUGUGGUUUCAUCAUGUUCGACAGAGUCCAGAUGACAAUGGAUGCACUAUUGCCAUAAACUAUUGGUAUGAUAUGCAGUUCGAUAUCAAGUAUGCUUAUUUCAAUUUCUUGCAAUCAAUUCAUUGUGGGUCGAGAUUGAUGAAUUAUGACGCAAGCAAGUGCACCAUAAGCGAUGCAUUAUCUGUUGAUGCUACUGAACUGGAAGCAGAAGAAGCCAAUUAA